AGAUGAUAAUUUUAACGCUGAAUGCUCUGUUUUACCGUCUAGUAAGUUUCUUUUGAGUAAAACUCGAGCUCAAAGGAAGAGAUUUCACCAGAAUGGUCUGCUUUAAUCGAUGAUACUCUGGAUACAGAAAGAAAACAAAUAUCAGACAAAUAUUUGGCGACACUGAAAAGUGGAAAUGACAGUUUCUAACCUCGUGAAGUAAAACCAGUGGUAGAUAAGGAACUGAGCCUAAUUCAUGCAUAAGUAAUGCAGUAUAUCUUACAUCAUUUUGGUUGAGAGGGAAAACCAUCAUUAUUUUACGACAAUAGACAUUAAGAUAGUUAUAAUCAUCAUGAUUUGUCCUUUUGACGCUGUUUAGAAUUUCUCGGAAGGAUCUCUGAUGUGAGGGAAGUGGAUAACAUGUAGUAGGGUGUUUCACUAUUCCCUGGAUCGAAAUUAAGUCAACUAUUACGAUGAGGGUGAUUUUGACAGCGGUCGUUUUGAUUGGGGUUUAUUGUGAGCUCUCGAAUGGUAAUAUUCUGCUGUUUGUCUGUGCUAUCUUGCAAGUACUGAUAAUACUUAAACGUACAUUAAUGCAAGUUAAUCACUGUUACUUUGCAGGACUUCAUAAGGAUAAGAAAGGAAAGGGGGACAAGCUCGUUAGUUUUUUUCGGGACAACAAUGGGAGCGUACUUUUGCAGGAAAGUUCUGAUGCAAACAGAGAUGGGGGGAGACUCCACAUGUCACAUGUGAUUAAUUCUACAAAAGAGAAGGGAAAAUCUGAGGGUAGAAAAUUGUCAACAACCAAGAGCCUCACGGGAGAGGAGGAAACUAAGCAAGGAUACAAUAAUCAUUUGCCAGUUAUAAAAAAAGUUGUCGGAAAGAAGGAAAAUAAAACUGGAAAUGAGAUUAAUGACACCAGCUCUAAGCCUAAAGAACAAAAAACCCAUUAUUAUGACAGUAGCCAAGAUAAAAAGAAACAAAAAGCUAAAUUUCGCCAGCUUCUAUGUGCGCUUUUUAAUGUUUCAAAUGAAAGUGAGGCUUGUAAAGACAAGCACCAUUCUAAGAAGGCAAUGAUAUGGCCAACGAGAAUGAUACCGUGGUUAAAGAGAGUACUUCUGAGUAAGCUGAGUCGAGGAUCAUACAAUCAAAUGCCCUUUCUAGAUGACACGAACAGUCCUAGCGAGUCACCUUUUGGAGGAGGUAUUCAGAAUGGCUUAUCCGACAACUGGGAUAAUGAUCCACUUCUGAAUAUACGUAGAAAGCAACAUCAUGGUUUGAAAAUGGUUCCCUUGCUGAAGUCGUUAAAGGCAAAGCUGUAUGGCCAUGGAACGCCUGGUAAUUUUGGUAGCCUCAACGAGGCAUUGAAUGGUGAAGGACUUAAUGGAUUUGGCCCAAUGCCAACCCAAGGCAGCUCGAAGCUGAUUCAUCAAAUACUUGGCCAGGCUAUUGGAAGUUCCGACAGGAAUUCUGUUUUAAACGAGAUGAUGCAAGAGUUUCUUCUUGCCAACAACCGGGAAGAGACGGAAGGCAAUGAAGCAUUUUCAGACUUGGCCGAUAGAAAUAGCUUCUCGCAACUUAAUAACGGUCUUCAGAGCUCUUCACUUCUUCCAGAGCCCAGCUUACAGCUACAAGGCAACACGAGAACACCUUUGACGUCGGAGCAACCUAUUCAUGCCCAAAUGUUGGACAAUGGUGCUCUUGCACCGAUGUCCAAUCAACCAAUUGGUAAUUCUCCUUUGAAAGAUGCAUCUUUCCUAGGAGGUCGUUCUCCUAUAGGAAGAUCUCCUAUGGUUGGAAACCACUUGACAUUUCCCUCGAUGAUCAGGCCACUGGGCCCUCCAACAUCAAGAAGUUCUGAAUUUCAGAGUUCUGUGUUGGAAGCUCCUCAGAGAGAAGGUUCUCUCCUUCAAAGAGCCGGUGGAUUCGACACUCCAAUAUCGUCUUCAGUGCUACAACGCACUUCAAACCCCACUCAGCGUAUGUAUAUGGAAAAUGAAAGGGAAGAGCAAGGUAUUUCUAGUCAGGGAGAUGAUUUUGUAGAACGGAAUGAAGCCAAUGAAAGGCAUUUACCAUUGCGUCAAUCAGUGGGUAAUAAUUUGGUAAUGGAAGAAAUAAGCGACAAUCAGGCGAGAGGAGGAAAUCUUCCAAUGCAAACAAACCCAGAUUUAGAUCGUAUGUUGAAGCUUCAAUCUACUUUUAGGUCACCAGAAAGUUCUUCCAUGUCAAGGGUUGCUCGACUUGAACUCGAUUCAAAUCUUGAACAUGGGUUACAGCUACCGGUUGGCUCCAUGGGUAUGCCCUCUAUCUUAUCUAAGGACGAAGAUUCCAUAAACUUUAACGAUUUAAAUAAUGAUCGAUCCCUUGCAUUUAGAAGAGGAAAAGUUUUAAAAGGAGGGAAAAAUUUGGUCCCCUCAUCAAAGAAAGCGCAAAUGUCACAAAACAAUAAACCUAAUAUCAAGAAGAGCAGGGGAUAAAAGCGGCAUCCACUCCACUAAUUAAUUUCCUCUGGUGCAUGACUGUUCAGCUCGUAAAAGCAUUCGAUCAUGAACCUUCAU